UAGCCAUAACUUUGUAACAUUGCAAAUUUUUUAAAAGCUAUAAAUUGUCAAAAUGUUUGGCUAAACUUUAGAUUUUCAAUAUUCUAAAAACAUUUUCAUGAUAUAAUUCCUCAUCCCCUUAACUUAGGCAACAUAGUACUUUUUGUGAAAACAGGUUGUUUCUUCCUGCUUUUACAAAGCCUGAUACAUUUGGAUCACAAGUGGUCAGAAGAUACUCACAUUAGCCCCUCCCUCAGGUGAAGUGAGGUUAUAUUAGGGCAUUCUCUUGAGUUGACCCUGAGAUAAAGUGUUGCUGUGUGGAGGCUCAGUGUGCUUUUACCAGCGUUAGAAUGGGCAACACCGUUACCCGGGGUGACUUUGAAUGGGUCUAUACCGACCAGCCUCACACCCAGCGCCGAAAGGAAAUCCUAGCCAAGUAUCCAGAAAUCAAGACUUUAAUGGGGCCUGACCACCAACUGAAAUGGAUUGUUCUAGGAAUGGUGUUUGCUCAGCUUGUUGCCUGUCACCUUGUAAGAGAAUUGCCAUGGAAAUGGGUGCUGUUUUGGGCCUAUGCCUUUGGAGGAUGUGUGAACCAUUCGUUAACACUGGCAAUUCAUGAUAUCUCCCAUAAUGUUGCCUUUGGUAAUCGGCAGGCAAAAUGGAACAGGUGGUUUGCAGUGCUUGCCAAUUUGCCCAUUGGGAUGCCAUACUCUGCCUCUUUCAAAAAAUAUCACAUUGACCACCAUCGGUACUUAGGAGGGGACACCUUAGACGUGGAUAUACCAACAGACUUUGAAGGCUGGUUCUUUUGUACUCCAUUUCGCAAAUUCCUUUGGCUGGUCCUUCAGCCUCUGUUCUACACCCUGAGACCUUUGUAUGUGAAUCCAAAACCUAUCUCCAGGAUGGAAGUAUGCAAUGCCGCUGUUCAGUUUUCUGCAGAUUUUGCACUAUAUUAUACAUGGGGCCUGAAGCCAAUUGUUUACUUGUUAUCUGGCUCUGUUUUCUGCUUGGGGUUCCAUCCUAUAUCUGGACAUUUUAUUGCAGAACAUUAUAUGUUUUCCAGAGGCUAUGAAACAUAUUCUUACUAUGGACCUCUGAAUUUCCUUACCUUUAAUGUAGGCUACCACACAGAGCACCAUGAUUUUCCCAGCAUCCCCGGAAGCAAGCUGCCUAUGGUAACCCAGAUGGCAUCAGAAUUUUAUGACCGACUUCCCCAGCACCAGUCUUGGACACACGUUCUCUGGGACUUCAUAUUUGAAGAGGAACUUGGCCCUUAUUCAAGAAUUAAAAGAAAAUGUUUGCUUGUGAACAAAAGCUAAAAGUAAAAUGGAAUCUUUGCUUUGUGAGGAAAUAUUUUACAGACCUAUUAUAUUAAAGUCCUUACAAACACAGCUUUGUUUUGCAAACUGACCCUGCCAAGAAGAUUGAAUAAAUAACAAAUCUAUGUAUUAAUUUAAUGGAUAAUGGGGUGCAGUUAUGUUGGUGAGCUUCUUUUUUAAUGAGGAAAACCAGCUAAAUCUUCUGACACAUGUCAAUUUAUAACCUGGAGAGACAGUUUGUGAUUUUUUUUUUUUUUUUCAUACUGGUAGGGACACCUUAAAACUUGACACCCCCCGGUGCCGCCUUCUCUAUUAUUAGUAUAGCAUAGGGCCCUGUUUCUCAACCCUGGGUCACAAAAUGUUGUUGAAGUAAAUUUCCUACUUUACCCUUUGUAUAUGUAAACAAUACAGUCUUUUGUAGUCCAGCAACAUCAGGAGACCGAAGGUUAAGAAAAAGGGGUCCAAACUACUAAGCCAAAAUGUUAAGUAUUAUGAGCCCAGCCUGAUGACCAUUUCCAGUGAGAGCUAAGCUGAAUAAUUGUGUGUGAUGGGGACCUUAGACUGUAAGCUCCACUGGGACAGGGACAGAUGUGAAUGAUGUAUGAUCUCUGUGAAAGCACUGUGUUAACUGUGUCAGUGCUAUAUAAAUAACAGGUAAUAUUAAUAACCACAGGCAGAGAGAAGUGGAACAACACUCGGUGUGACCAGGGACCUUAAUUUAAUUAUUCUGCCCCCUAUUGUCUUUGUCUACUACUUCUAUACCCAAAAUCCUCAGUACUCCUUGGUCACCUGCAUGUAAAUCCUUAGAAUGUUUUGAUACAGAUUUAUUAAAAUGUGAGAUUAGAGCUCACCACAGAAAAA